GGGCACAGACCGUGUGUGACCAUAGUGUGUGACACUCGGAGAUAAACAAACCCCUUCGUGUAUGACUCCGUGGACCUUUAACAACCAACGUAAACAGUCACAAUGUUGUCACAAAGCUACAUUUAAUGUUAACAAAAGUAACUCGGUUGGAAAAUAGUGACUCCGUUGAUGAAAACUUAAGAGUUGAGUCCGCUGGGAGUGACUUGGUGUGAUAAUUGCAUGCUGCAUGUCUGAUAACCAUCCAUCACCUCACUGCACUUCCUCCCAGUUCUGAUGCAUGGCCCCCUCAUUAGUAACGAGUACGUCUCACCGUUUCUCGCAUGUUGUGCUGUGAGAGUGGCAUCAUGAGGAAGAACUGGGAUAACCCUCUGGCACUGUCAUCCAAGAAAACAUGCCAGGGCCAGAAAGACUAUGGACGAGAGCUACAGAGGCUGCGUGCUGUUUGGGAAGCAGAGAAGAAGCACACGCAGCGGGCCCGUGGUGAAAUCUCUGUGGAGCUGAGGCACCUGCGUGAAGGAGCAGAGAGGGAACAGCAGAGGGCUGUGAAGGAACUGUUGCUCAGGCGAGGGUGCAAAACGGACUGUCGCGCUAACAACAAGGUGAACAUUAAAGACAGUAGACGUCACACUGAGGUCGAGUCCACAGAUAAAGAGGCGUUUUGUUUGUGUGGUGGAGAAACCUACACAAAGCUACAGCAGUUAUUGCUGACGCUGUAUGAGAAGAUAAAUGGUGAGCAAGCAGUCUAUAAGUUGCAUCACAGGCAGGAAUUUGAGGUAGAAAAGGCGGUCUUCCUCUGCCACCUGCUAGAUGCCCAUGGAAGACUGUUGCAGGGGAGGCAAAGAGCAGGACAGCUCAGCUCCAUUUCUAACAGUCUCUCAAGAUCUCAGGGAGGUGGUACUAACUCCUAUCAGACCAAGCCUCUCCUAACCUGCUCCAGAGCCUUGCCCCAUACUGCCUCCCACUCACAGAAGAAGAACACCAAACAAGAUCUGAGGGAGCUGCCUUCAGGGAGGGCCGUCUGUGCAGCUGACCCCUGCCCCUCCACUGCAGUCGUGGACACCUGUCAGAGCGGCUCGCUGACUAUUUGUCACCCUCACAGCGCUCCCCAUGCAGGCUUGGACCACCAGCCCCCCUACUGCGCUGAGUCCUCUGGGUCAGAUGAGUCAUCGCCCCCCAAAUGCAUGGACAGAAACAUGGAGCCAGAGCCUGCACCAGCACACACAGACAUGGAGAGCCAUGAGGAGGACCAAGCUCUCGGGCAACAACAGUCGGAGUUGACGAGGCCCGAAGAGCAGGACAAGCAAAAUGGGCUUGUGGACAAGGCAGUCCCAACCACAACUAAUAUCACAACUACAUCGUUGUUAGGGAAAAGGCACCACUCACUUUAUGCAAACCUCAAUGGUUUUGAAGUUGAAGGCGUACGCAAGGUGAUUGUGAAACUUAAGGCACAGUCUGAGCUUCUUUGA